CCGUAAAACCUACAAGGUUUGCGACCCAAUCUCUCUCCUAGACGUGGCUAUUGUCAUUAUCUUAGCUCUUGAAGUUGACUGAGGACAGUCGCUCGCUGCGGGGACAGCGAUACGUAACAAUGAAGCUCUCAAACAGCUCGGUCACAGCUGCGACUGCGCGAGAGGAAGCAUGGGAAUUUAAUCGCAGUCAAGGAUCAUGGUUUUCUGCCUCGCACCAGACCUUUGUUACCAGCGCUAUGAAGCCGUUUGGGAUUAGAGGACCCAGAUCCACUCACCAAUGCAUGGGUUAUGAGAAUACGAACAAGCCGCACUGGAUGCUGGGGAGGAAUCUCCGUGUGGAUGGUCCUACCCACCCUCACAUUCUGAAGGGCCUUAUUCCGAGCGUCCUACGAUGUCUCGAUUUCCUUCACACUGCAUGUCAUGCCAUGCAUACAGAUCCCCAAGGAAACGACUUUCUACUCCCUGUCGAUGACGCGGAUGUUCUUCAACUCCUUUCACGCAAAAUCCAGGCCGAACGACUGGCGCACCCGGGAGGCUUGAGCCGCGACUACAUCCGCAGUUUGCGAAAAGACGUAAGACUCAGAAGUCUCGAUGAUGCGCUCGAACCGGAGGUGAUCCUAGAGCUGCAAGACAAGAAAAGGCAUGAUUCUCAGUCUGGAGAAUGCACUACCCCAGAAGUACUUCUUAAAUCAGGAUGGUCCUACCCUGCAGACAUCUGGAACUUGGGCCUAAUGUUAUGGGAAGUUGUGGCGGGAAAGAGUCUCUUGGACGGAAGAUUGCCCGGAACCUCCGAAUUCUCGGACCUGACUCUAUUCGCCCAGAUGGUACGAUUGUUGGGACCGCCUCCACCUGGGAUUCUCACAGCAGCCGACGGAGGAGCCCUUUCCCGAUUUUAUGACAAUCACGGGAAUUUCAAUCGUCCCGAAUUGAUCCCCGGAGAGGAGUUUAACUUUUCGACAAAGUUGACGAUGCUAGAGGGGAAUGAUAAAGACAUGUUCAUCCGCUUUAUAAAGAGGAUGCUGAACUGGGUGCCAGAGGAGAGAGCCACGGCCAGAGAGCUGCUUGACGACCCUUGGGUGAGGCUGGAAGACCCGGGCAUGAAGCGCAGCUAGUGUAUUCCGGGGUAAGCACUUGUUCUUGAGAGGAACGGGGGUAGUGAUUUGGGAAUUCUUCCUUCUGAUCAAGAUGUGGCUCGCAUCUGUAGUGGGUCAAGUCGUCUUGGUUCACAGCCACAAGCCAGCGAAGCUCCCACGAUCUGCGACAGCCGCAAUCCAGGGAUAUGCCCUGUUUCGAUACGGACUGCGCCGAGGCAAUAAAGCGCACGCUGGCGACCGAAAACGAGCCAGGGGAAGUAUCAGGGUGCCGCUCAUUCGUGGAGUCGGAUUAAGGUGGUACUAAAAG